AUUGAGUGCAAACGACCAGUUUUAGUUUAAACUUUGUGCGUACAACAAGUGAAUAAGUUAAAUUAGAGGCUGAAUUAAAUCGUAUGAAACGAAACGGAACAAAAUCGAAUCGAAUUAUUAAAUAAUAAAAAUAAAACUCAAACGUAGUAUUUUUUUUCAAAAAUGCGUUGGCGCUUAAACGAAGAGAAUAGAAUAUUUGUAUGGAAAUUAAUUGGUUUGCAGUUGUUGAUUCAUGCUCUACAGUUUGUUUACACUUCACCGGCAGGCGUGCAAGUUCACAUUCACGAAAAUCGCAUAUCAUCGCACAAUGACUCAAAGUAUGUGGCUCAGAUUAUGCGCUUAGCUAAAUCGGCGGAAAUGCGCAACUACAUGAAUCCGGAGGUAAAUGCCUGUGAUAAUUUCUAUGAGUAUGCAUGUGGCAAUUGGCCAAAAUUACAUCCAGCUGAGGGCAGCAGCAAGCGGAAAACUUCUAUUUUUACUUUAUUAGAUAAUUCCUAUAAACAAAAGCAAUUAAGACUACUGAAAGAGGAAAUGUUAAAUGAAUUCGAGGAUGAUGCUUUAGAGGAGGAAGAAUUGUUAAAUGAUCCAAAAUUGGGAGCAGUUAAAAAAGUUAAAGAUUUCUUUAAAUCUUGCCGCAAUAUGGGUUUGAAAAAACGUUCUUAUGUGGUAAAAGAAUUGAGAGACAUCAUAGAAGAAUUUGGAAAAAUGCCAGCCCUUUUGGCCGCAAAUGAAGAGUGGUCGGAAGAAGAAGAAACAUUUGAUUGGCUUAAAACUAUUGGUUUAAUACAAAGUAGAUAUGGUUUUGAUAUUAUAUUACAAUUGGGUGUACGUGCUGAUUUUGAUAAUAAAACAGUUAAUACCCUGUUUGUGGGUCAGCCCAGUCUUAAGCUUAAAAGCAAAAGCAUGUAUUUGGGUGUGGCUACCGGCAAUCACCGCCAAGAUUAUCAACGCCAUAUACAGGAAAAUCUAGAAGAUUUCUUAGGCCUAGAAGAAGAAAAAGCCAAAACAGUAGCCCGUGAUAUAUUAAAUUUUGAAAUAGAAUUGGCUAAGGGUCUGCUAGACUUCAAAUCAGACAAAACAUUAAAAUCCAAAUCCAUAAAGAGGAAACCUAAAGAUUUUGUUGAAGUCUAUGGCGAUGACAUGGAUUUAGCUAAGUUUGUUAAUACUGCUUUGGGUUUCGAAUGGAAUACUAGUUAUUAUGAAUAUACUCCCGAAUAUCAGGAAAACUUAAAGGAAGUUAUUAAUGCCACCAGUAAACAACAAUUGGCUAAUUAUAUCUUCUACCAUCUAGUGGAGCCUUUCUUUAUAGGUUAUGAUGUAUCCCUGAGCAGAAUGGAUGAUAUGUGUCUGGAAAAUACCAAAAAAUUCUUUAGUCACAUUUUGGACAAUAUGAUCUAUAGAACUUAUAAUACCCAAGCUAUGCAAAAUGAUAUUAUAGUUAUCUGGCAGGAAAUUAAAAAUACUUUUAAGGCUCAGAUGGAAUCGUCAAAAAUGGAAUGGCUCACGCCCAUGACGCGUAAAUUGGCUUUGGAGAAAUUGGAACGCAUACAGUUGCAUAUAAAUUCCUAUGAUAAUCGCAAUUUUACCGAGGAAUAUAAGGAUUUAACAAUCAAUAGCUUUGAUUAUAUAGACAAUCUAAAGAAAAUCAAUCACAGAAGAGUGGUGAAAUUUUUAGAAAUUCUUCUUAGUCCCGGAAAGUUGGAACUACCCUCUCAUAUGUUGUCCUAUACACCGGCAUUUAUAAAUUCAGAAAAUAUUAUAAUGAUACCAAUAUCUCUAUUGCAGCCGAAUUACUUAUGGUCCGAUUACUAUCCGGAAGCUUUGAAAUUUGGCACCUUAGGUUUUCUUUUAGCUCAUGAACUCAUACACGGUUUCGAUGAUUUUGGCAAACAAUACGAUUCGAACGGAAACGAAUUGGAUACCUGGUGGGAUGAACAAUCCACCAAAGCUUUUAUGCACAAGAAAGCUUGUUUUAAAGCACAAUAUUCACGAUAUCGUUAUAACGGCAAAUAUUUACCACCCUCCGAUUUACAGGCUGAAAAUAUUGCCGACAAUGGUGCUGUACAAUUGGCCUUUAAAUCCUACAUACAUUGGCUAAAUAUGCAGUCUUUGGAAAAUCUAGAAGAACUAUUGCCUCAUAUUAAGCUUAACAAUAGAAAGCUAUUUUUCCUUGGAUAUGCUCAAUUCUUUUGUAUGGAUAUGGAUAGUAUGUUAAAGGAUAAGGUUUCGUUAUUAGAUGUUCAUGCUCCUGCCAUGUACAGAGUUAUAGGUCCAUUGGCAAAUUUUCCUGAAUUUGCGAAAAUCUUUAAAUGUCCAGAGGGCUCAACAUUAAAUCCAAAGAAAAAAUGUGAAAUUUAUUAAUUUUAUAAUAGAUUUUUAUAUAGUUGUAUAUAAGCAUAAAGGGUGAUAAUUGUUGUUUUUUUUUUAAAAUGCCAUUUUAUCAUUUGAGCCAGUUCACUAAUUUACAUAAAAUUUAAAAUUUAUUAUUUCUGAAAUUUAUCAUGAAAGCAUUUUUAUAAAUAAAAAUCAUCUUUUAUGUGUAAUUAAUGGGCUAUUAUUUUUGUUUAAUAGAAUAUAAAAAAACUCCUUUUUAAUAAUUUUUAAUUCAGCUGCAAAAUUCUUUAAUUUUAAUUAAUUAUAAGAAAAUGUUCCCUACCGUUGUGUAA